CAAAGACACCUCCUCCAAAGCACACCGCAUCGGCCUCUGAAAACCCCUAGCUCGAAACCCUAGAAUCCCCCAAUUUCAUGGAGGUCGAGGUGAAGCUCCGGCUCCCGGAAGCGUCGGCGCACCGGCGUGUGACGGAGCUCCUGUCGCCGUUCCUGGUCACGAUCCACCGCCAGGAGAAUUUCUUCUUCGACGGCGCGGGUUCCGAGCUCUCCUCAAAGAGAGCCGUUCUCCGCGUGCGAUUCUCCGACAAGGAGCCUCGCUGCGUGGUCUCGCUCAAGGCGAGGGCGGUUCUAGUCGACGGGAUCAGCCGCGUGGCGGAGGACGAGGAGGAAAUGGAGGAAUCUCUAGGGAAGGAUUGCAUCCCUGAGCCGGGGAAGCUAGGAUUUGCGGAGUCUAGGGUUUUGAAGAGGGUGAGGGAGGAGUUUGGAGUUUCGAAGUUUGUGGGAUUGGGUGGGUUUGAGAAUGUGAGAAGUGUUUAUAAGUGGAAAGGUUUGAAAUUGGAGGUUGACGAGACCAAGUAUGAGUUUGGAAUUUGUUAUGAGAUUGAGUGUGAGAGUGCUGAGCCUGAGGAGGCUAAAAAGCUGCUUGAGGAGUUCUUGAAGGAGAAUGGGGUCGAGUAUUCGUACUCGGAGGAGUCGAAGUUCGCAAUUUUUCGAUCCGGGAAGCUGCCCUAGUUCUAUUCGAAGAUGAGGGCUAUUUAUGUCAAAAGAAUCCUAGUGAUGAGAGUUGGAAUGCUUCGAGGCUAAUCCCAACUUCCUCUUAAAUUUAACUUUAUCAUCAAUAAAUGGCAAAUUUACUUCA